AUGAGUAUAUAUCGCAGAGCAACGGAUGAAAGGAACCGAAGGGAUAACUUGGCGGUAGACCCAGUCAAGGGACCCUUGCAGCCGGUACACUUCUCCAUGAACGGGCGUCAUAGGCCAGAGUACCAAAACGCUGCCAGUGACCGGAGCGGCCAGUUAGCGCAACCGGAUGAACUCCAUGCACGCGAACUUGCGAACUUGCGAUUAGCAGGCCGACGCACUUUGUCCACGCCACAGAACCUUGACCGUCUUGCAACUCAGGCAUUGGAACACGUGGCUGGUCAGGAGAGCCCGAAGCCUCGCCCGCUCGGACUUUCCUUUCCAACUCGACGUCCGACAGGCGGAAAAGGUGAAUCGAGGCCCAGACCGCAAGAUCUCAGUCCGGAGCCAUGCACGUCCUCUGGACAAAAUCGAUUCGGUCUUCGGUGCUCUGCUCUGCUUCCGGCCCAGCCUCCUCUGGCUCUCGACAUGCAUGAGCCCGACAUGGCUCGAGAGUCGCUGGCCGGCCGGCUGGCGCCAACGAGUGACCCCUGAUUAAAAGAAAGCGCUCUCGCUAUUUUGGUCGGGCGAAUUGCGCCGCGUGUUGGGCUCGUCGCUCCAGUCAUGGCGCGCAUGCGCGUCGGCCUUCUCCGCCGGUAGGAACUCAUCGGUGAGAUCGAGUUCUUGCACGUUUGCGUUUCCUAUCCACUCCUCUACCCUCCUUCCUGCGGGCGAGUCUCGAGCUCAUGCAGAAGUCGAACCACGCCAGACCGAUCGAGAUAGGCUUUGUCCAUCCAGUUCGCUUCUUCCUACGAUCCACAAUUGCACGGCCUCCGAUCGUCACCCUUCCGAUGUAUUCUUAUGUGUGGUCAAGCCUACGAUUGUGCGUCCAGCGAAAUUCGGAGCGCGGCUUAUAUUCUACUGGCCAGAGACCUAUGUCAGUGGACACAUGUUGCGGUGGAGUGCAGUCUUCUAUAGUACUUGCCGCACAUGACGUGAAAGCUGCUGAUGCGGGAGAGACACUACCAAAACAAUCGUGCUAAACAAAAGUGAAGAGUACGAGGCAGAAACAAAAGCAAAGAAGUCGACUAGAGAUCGAAACCAUUUUUGGAGACGUCAAAGUCUGAGAGGGAUAAGAACCAGUAAUUAAGAAGAUGAUGAGGAAGCAACAACCCAGUAAUAAGUUUCAAGGUCGAGACAGGGCCAGAAUUCAAGCUACAUGGAUGCACACCUAAAGUGAACGAUGCAAAACCCAAUAAUGUCUCACGUGGACAAAUAUUGGCCUGACUGAGAACCUACUGAGCCAUCUAAUUAUGUUGGCGAAGGAUGCAUUAAUGGUUCCCACUUGGUCAAGAUAUAUGAGGAGUGACAAAAUUCGGGAAGAAGGCUUCGGUCGAACCGAACAAGAUGCAUAGAUACUGCUCGGUAUAAAUCGAGGUAAAUGCUUUACGUUGCAACAGGACAUGGAACUACUCAGACCUACGUUCGAUGCUUCCCAACACAGUAACUCUCGACCUACAACGGUAUCUACAAUGCUAAAUCGAGUUUUGAACCUACAGGGGGAUCCACGAUCUAUGCCGUGACAAGCUUCAGCUUAUGUAGAAGCUGGAUUAUACUUUCUGCUUCUUCAUUGUCGUGAAGUAGGAGAAAGUGAUGUACCCAGAGGCUUUCACAUCUUUUAUAUUUGAGAACGAAGAGUGUACAGAUGCAAAUCUUACGUAGUCUAUUCAUUAAAAUAGUGGCUCCACUUGGGUGCAGAUAUAGUCUAAUCACUCCUGGAAUACAGUGAGAUUCAACAGUUUUACCAUAAAUUAAUGUGGCCCGAUGAGCUCAACUGGCUGUUCCAGUGC